GCAUUAAUGAUCAAAUAACCAUCCAUUUUUAUAAUAUAGUUAUAAAAUCCAAACAUAAAUCCUCCAAAGCAUUACCACUCGUCAAACCUCAAACCCCACCACGCGUCGUUUAAUCCCUCCCCUCCUUUCCUUCCUUAUGACACACGUCAGAAGCACCGCUGCAUGCGCCUCAGUCCACUCAGGCAUAUAACUUCACUCCCACAAUCCAGAUCUAAACAACUAUAAACAAUCCACACAUGGCAGAUAACAGUCGAGGACGACAUCGCUGGGGCCAACUACAGCAACAGCAACAGGUCCAGUAUCCUGUUUCUUACCAGAUCAUGAAAGCGGCCGCAGUUGCAACGUUAGGUGGAUUGAUGCUGCUCUUUUCAGGUCUAACCCUGACCGGCACGGUGAUAGCGCUCGCCGUGGCUACGCCACUUCUUGUGAUCAUCAGCCCGGUGCUCGUGCCAGCUACAAUCGCCGUCGCGCUAAUCGUCGGCGGGUUUUUGGCUUCGGGAGUGUUUGGCGUUGCGGCGAUCUUGGUGCUUUCUUGGAUGUAUAGGUAUGUUACGGGGAAGCGGCCCGUGGGCGCAGAUGAGAUUGAUAAAGCUCGGGUUAUAAUCGCGGCCAGAGCUCGCGAGUUUAAGGAAUCGGUGCAGCGGCGCAUCGAGCGGGCCACGUCUUAAAAACUUGUAUAUGUUGAAUCGCUCUGCAUUUUAUUCUUUUUUGUAAGUUUCCUUGGCCGUCGAUCUCUCUAAUUGGAGCGUUCCCGAGCAAGCGUCUGGUGGGUUUGGCUUUUUAGAUUUUGGAUAUCAAUCGAAAGGUUGUUGCACUGACGGCAAUGCAAUGUUCCAAUUUUUAAAAUAGUUUAAUUCUGAGGCAUAUACAGACAUA